UUGAGACAGCAGAGACUGCACAGAUUACACAGACAGCAGAAAUACUAGUGAUACCCACGAUACCAGAAGGAUAGAGACAUUUGCAUGGCCAUGGAUUUAUCAAAACUAUCCAGCAACUUGCCUCCCUCAGUGCCAGUGACUAAGGAGUCCUUUGACAAGUUGGACGCUAAGUUGAUCAAUGAGUUCAAAAACGCAGCUAAGUCAGUGGCUACAUUGUACCGAUUAUCCAAUUCCAACAGCUCGUUGCUCAGAUUUAAAGGAUACUUGGAGUGCAUAGAUGACUUGCUUAAUUUGAUUAAAUUGCACAAGAUAAACCACUCAGAGAAUGAGUUGGAUAUAGAAAACUGGUGUUUGACUAAAAAAGCAGAAUUGAUGGGUGGUGAGAAUAUCAAUAAGAAUCUUGUGGACGAUUAUAGUGAAAAGACCAAGUAUAAAACCCCUAAAAAGAAAUCUGGCAGCCACCAAACCAAAUCUACAAAAUUAUCUGAUGAUUAUGAGUUCACCUACAAGGCCAAACCUUUAACUCCAAUAGAGAACAAAAUAAAAAUGUUUCACGACAGUGCAAAGAAAAAAGUAAAGAUAUUUGAUUAUGAUAAAAUCAAUGAGCCGAAUAAUAAGAGUGCUAGUACUAUUGACAAGAGCGAUAAGAUUGAAAGUAUUGAUAAUAUGAAUACUAUGGAUCAUGAUAUCAGUAGCACUGGAAAUAAUGCAGCUAAUCAUAAUAUUACUAGCAAUAGCAACUUUAAUGGCUCCAACAUGCACAACACUUUCAACCACAGCACAUUCACCGACAAUGAUGCAAACAACGAUAGAUUCCUGCUAAAGAAACACUUCAAGGUGAAGAAGAACUACCAGCAAUACCUCGACCAGAACCAUACGAACGAUGCAGUAGAUACCAUGCUCAACGACCAGUGCAGCAGAAACAGUGAGAACGACGACAGCAGCGACAGCAGCAGCAACGAUGCUGUGAGAUACGUUGCGAGAAACAGUGCUGGCACCAAGCGCUCGCUCAACAGAGACUUCCGAACCGAGAAGAGAAGCAGACACUACUGACCGCAGACCCUCUUCGCCAGCGCCAACCUCUGGCGCAUGAGCUGCGUGUGCUGCCUUUGCCGCCACAUGCACUCACCAGCACACGCUCAUGUAAGCGCGCUCUGCCACCGGCCAGUGUAUGAGUCCCUCAGCUGUGG